CUAAAAAUAAUGAUUUCUCUGCAUCUCCCUCCAACAGAUUAAAAUAUGUCCUCCCUUUCUCAGGCUUCAAGCUACCAAAUACAAUUAAAAUCGGCUCAACAUCAUAUAGAAAAUGGAUUUUAACAUACAUGGACGUCAUACUGAAACCAGCUUCGGCCACUACAAAAAAAUUAAAACGGAAAUCUAGGGCAAAAGUAACUACCUCGGAACCAAAAAAUAUAAAGUUGAAUACGUCGGACGCACUAUCGAUAACAACUUUGAAACCAGUAAAACCAGUUAAAGAUGAAAAACAGGCAGAAUUUGAGGAGUUCAGCAAAAGAUACCCGAUAUUGAAAAACCAAGAAUUAGUAGACAGGUUUCUGAAGGUACCAAUGACAAAUAACCAAAAGGGUCGCAUCCGUCAGGCAGUACGAGACUCCCUGAAUGGAACAUCCAACGUCCUCGUCCCAGAAAUAAUCCACAGCAAAAUACAAUCCAUACUCCGUAGCUCAGACAACCUAACAGAUUCUGAACUCCGACGUAUUAGAAUUCUGUACAACCUUUUAAAAACCGCUUUGAAAGGGGAGAAAGUAGCAAGUGAGACGGUUAAACCCAAGGUGGAACAGGUUAAGAGCAAGAGGAAGGUUGAAGAAGACAGUCCGAAGGUUAAAGAGGUAGUUAAGAAAAAGAAAGAAGAGAAACAUGAGCCUCGGGAACAGCUCGUCAAGAGGGUUAAGGGUCCAAAGAGAUAUGUUGUGUUUCUUGGUAACUUGCCACUUGAUAUUGACAAGGAAAAGAUCAUGAACCACUUCUCAGAGAUGAACGAGCACAUCAUUGAUAUCCGUCUGCCGAAGAAUGCAGAGAACAAGAAGAGUGCUAUAGCAUACUUGGAACUCAGUAAUGAACCCAGCUAUGAGUUUGCGCUGUCAAAGCAUCAUUCGAUGCUCGGAAGUAAAAGGAUAAAUGUUCUUUACACGGCGCCGAAGAAGGGGAAAGUGUCGAAGGCUAACGCUAAGGGUAAAUCAGCGAAACUAAUAGCUCUGCAGAAGUCUGGGAAGCUGGUGGGCAGUCUCCCGCUGGCCAAGAAGCGCAGCCAACGCCGGCUGAAGAAAAAGCAGGCCGAAGCCAAGCUGACAGCAAACGCUGUGUAGUUGUACUAUAGUACCUAAUAUACUGAGUAUUUUGUUCUAA